UGAUAACGGAAUUGAAUGCAUUCGAUUGUGUACUGUGCAUUUGUAGUUGUGUAAUGUGUGCACUGUGCAUAUUACGGUAAUAGUAUAAUAACACGACACCCCCGCGUCACACCUGUCCACUGUGGUAUUCUCGUCGUUUAAUUUAAUCGUCCCGUUUGUCGUUAACGAAUAGUAUUUGUGCGUUGAUUAAUUGUUUUUUGAUUAGUAAUCGCCAUCGUCUGUUGUCCGUCGUCGUGUUGUGCGCGCGUCUCUUUCCGCCCGAAGGCCGAAUCGCAUGGCCAACUAUAAGUCUCCGAGUGUUGGGCGAAAUGGACGCUGUCGUUAGGUUCACGGCCCCCGGUGCCUGCCGACCAACCGUUUUCGGCGUUUCUCUGUGAAUUCCACCCGCGUAAUCCCGUCGCUUCGACAUGAUGUCGUAUGGACCGCGUUUUGCUGCACCGCCGUUCAUGGCAGCAACGGUGUUGUUGAUUAUGGUUAAAUGUUCGGUUUCGUUUACCCACUCGUCGAGGCAACAGAUCCAAGACGGUUCGAUCAGCGACGACGCUACCGGUCACCACGGCCGGUGUGAGCCCAUCACCAUACCGUUUUGCAUGGGUAUAGCGUACAAUGAAACAAUCAUGCCCAACAUAUUGGGCCAAAUGCGUCAAGACGAAGCGGGCUUCGAAGUGCAACAGUACUAUCCGCUGGUAAAAAUCCAGUGUUCGCACGAUCUGCAGUUUUUUUUGUGCAGCGUUUUCGCUCCCGUGUGCACUAUAAUCGAGAAACCUAUUCCACCCUGUCGGUCGCUGUGUGUGUCAGCGCGAAAUGGCUGUGAGGCAAUCAUGAACCGCUUUCAAAUUGAAUGGCCCGAUAAUCUGGAAUGUAACCAGUUCCCUGAAAAUGGUCAACUUUGCGUCGGUGAGAAUAAUGCAACAAACCCUUCUCCAACACCACAGACUGGUUUGAUAGAACAAAACGGAAAAGAUUUAACAGCACCCGGAUCUAGACACUUUUCAGGAGAUCAAGGAUAUUCAAAUAAUCCUAAUAGCUUUGAUAUUGGAUUUGUUUGCCCACAACAAUUUCGAAUUGAGUCUAAUAGUAACAAAAAAAGAUCUGACAGGAGCAAUCAAGUUUAUACAUUAAAAGUUGGCAAUAAAGUAGUAAAAGAUUGUGGAGUACCGUGUGAUGCAUUCUGGAGUCUAGAUCAAAUGCGCAAAGCCAGAUCAUGGGUGGCUUUGUGGUCCGUGUUGUGUGCUAUAUCCUGUUUGUUUACAUCAUUAACAUUUGCCAUUGAUACACACCGUUUUCGAUAUCCAGAACGACCAAUAAUAUUCUUGUCUUUAUGUUAUCUGAUGGUUUCCAUAUCUUAUCUGAUUGGAUAUUUAUCGGGAAACAACAUUGCGUGCAACAAGCAAAAUUUGAUCACUCAAGGUACAGACGAUAAUGAAUGGUGUACUGUACUAUUUAUGGUGUCGUAUUUCUUUAGUACCGCAUCUUCUGUAUGGUGGGUUGUGUUGACAUUGACUUGGUUCCUUGCUGCGGGACUUAAAUGGGGACAUGAAGCUAUUGAAGCAAAUUCUCAUUAUUUCCACUUGGCGGCAUGGACGGUUCCUGCUGCUAAAACAAUUACAGUAUUAGCUAUGGGAAAAAUUGAGGGUGAUGUUUUAACCGGCAUCUGUUCAAUGGCUGUUUGGAGUGAUGAUACGGCUGUGAGAGACAUGGUGCUCAUUCCUUUAGUAGUUUACCUGAUUUUAGGAACAGCAUUUUGGAUGGCUGGGUUUGUUUCUUUAUGCCGCAUUCGAAAAGUAAUGAAACACGAUGGUACCCGAGGUACUGACAAAUUGGAAAAAUUGAUGAUACGUAUUGGCGUCUUUAGUGUUCUAUACACAGUACCUGCUGUGGCUCAAAUCUUAUGUUUAGUUUAUGAACAUGUCAAUCUCAGUUCAUGGAUUAUUAGUUGGCACUCUACUCUUUGUCAAGAUCCAAAGUAUGCUCUUCCAUGUCCUUCUCAACCCAAUGAUACAGGAAGAAAACCUAGCUUUGAGGUGUUUAUAGCUAAAUACUUUGUUUCAUUAUUAGUUGGUCUUACAUCGAGUGUUUGGAUUUGGUCUGGUAAAACUGUUAAUAGUUGGCAAAAAUUCUUGGCACGAAUUCGACCUAAUUCAGGUAAAUCUGAAGCCUAUGUUUAAUUAAAUUUAAAGCUUAGUAUAUUAAUGUAUCAACAUAUUUGUUUUUUAAUUUAGAUUUCUUACAGACUAAUAUAUUUUAUACUAUUCACAGGACAUAUAUUAAUUAGGGAUGAUAUGAUACCACUUUUUAUUUAAUUUGUCUAAUUAACUAUUAUGUUGGUUGUAAGUUCAAUAUUCUAUGUACAUAAUAGCAUUGAUUAUUAAUACUAUAGAUUGCUCACUAGAUGGUUUUUCAGUGGCACGAAUUAUUUACUGCCGGUAGAUGCCGAGAUAAAGAUCUAUUAUCGAUUACAAUGGUACUGUCCACUACUAACCACGCCACCGCAUCCAAACCACGACCACCCGAGUUAGUAAUGGACAGUACCAUUGUAGUCGCUAGUAGUUUUUUUCGUUUUGCCAUCAACCGACAGUAUAUUGCCACUGAAAAACCGUCCAUUGAACAAUCUAUAAUAUUUAUAAUCAAUGAUGUUAGUCAUCAAAAGUGGCCACUCUUUAUUUAUUAAAUAUCAUGUAUAUAAUUAUAAUUUUGGUGGUAAUUAAAUGUAUGUGUAUAUAACAAUCAUUAUUUAGGCUUGUAUAACAAUAUAAUUAAUAAUUAUUAAGUAGUAACAGUUAUCCAUAUUUCUUAGCAAUAUCAUAAUUAUUGAUGUGAAGUUAGAAUUAUAUUUUUUUUUACAUUUUAUAUGCCACAAUUUCUACUAUUAUUAUUUAUCUAAUGUUAUGAUUGUCUUUGAUAAUUUGUUACGCAUAUAUAUAUAUAUAUAUAUGUGUGUGUGUGUUUGUGUGUGUGUUUGUGUGUAUACUUUUAUUCUAUCAGUGUUGGCUAGGCCAUAUUGGCAUUAACAUUAAUCAUUAUAGGUAGUUAUGAUAUAACAAUUUAUUGUUUGAGUAGAAUUAGAAUUAAAGGCCUAGUGACUGGAGCCGUACUGACACUGUUUUCUUCUAAACUAUUUUAAUUAUCUAAAAUCAACUAUACAACUAUAUUGUUACCAAAAUCUGUCCUUUAAACAAACUUAUUAAAUAAUUUGUACGUAAAUAUUUAUUCAAUGUUAAUAUCAAGAACCAAUAAAAUAAAACAUUUGAUAAUUUGUUUUUCCGUUAAGACAAUUAUGAACAUUUCUUUGUUAUAAAACUGCCAUAAUUUUAACAUUAAGCUCAUAAAACAUAAUUCCAAUGUUUAAUUUUUAUGUCUUUUGUAUUAAUCAAACAAAAAUCUCAUUUGAAUCUUUAUAUUUAUAUGUUUUGUUGCAAUAUUGUGUUUAUCAUUUUAAGUAUAAAACAUAGUUUGUUAUCAUUAUUACUUUUGCAAUACUUUAUGAACUUAAAUCAAAAUAAUCUUUAUAUUUAUAUUUUUUACUGUCUACACUAAUUAUUUUGUUAAAUGUACAAUUCUUGUAGAUUCUCGGUAACUUGAAUGUUAAUAUAUACAUUUUUAAAUAAUUGUAAUUAUUAGAAAGGACAUUGAUUGCAAACAUUUUGAAAUACAAUUCACUGAGUUUUCUCCUAGUUUCAAAUUAUCGGGAAUAUACAAUCUAUUAACAUAAUUUUAUUUUAUAUUUAUAAUUAUAUGAUAUAUUAGUUACUAUUGACUGCAAUUAAUAUGAUACUUAAUUCUUAUAUUUAUGUAUACCUAUAGAUAAGACUUGAGCAAUUUUUUAUAUCAAUUUUACAAAACUGUGUUAAAACGAUUUAUUUUAAAUCUUUUGUAUGGAAUUAAAAUUUUCGUAAAAUACGUUGAAAUACAUGGAAAUCAUUUUCGUACAAAAAAAAA